AUGCAGAUUUGUGUACCCUGCAAUCGCUCUUUUGGUAGCGAAACAGCGCUCAAACAGCACCAACAAGACUCGCCUGUACACGCAGAGGCGUGUGACUGCAAGCCAUGCAAUCGCUCAUUCGGCAGCGGGAGCGCACUUGAGCAACACCAACGCAACUCCCCCGCACACGCAGAGACGUUCGACUGUAAGCCAUGCGAUCGUUCGUUUCGCAGCACAAGUGCACUUGAACAACACCAGCGCGAUGCCCCAGUCCACCAAAACGCCGGAAUCCCAGCCGCAGUCCCACUCCCCGCUGCGCCCACGUCUCCGCCACUACUAUACAACAACGCACAUUCACCACGCCACGCCCCCAGCGCUCAAACCUCCGCUCACGCGCCAGGUCAGCGCUCCAAGUACAAAGCGUCGCGAACCUCUUACACAUUUUCCGAGCUACACGAACUUAUCGCCCAUGCCGUAGUACCAGACCUCCCUGCACCUCACUUCCACCCGCCCAGCGCCCGCUUCAAAAAUGAGCGCGCGACGAAUGUCAUGGGCAAUUUUCUUUGCACGUACCGCAAAUGCCCGAAGCAGUCCUGGGGUAGCAAGAUUGUCGCUAUUGUCAUCAGAGGGUAUGCGAACAAUGGGUACAGUGCCGAGGUAUUCGGGCAGCGGUGUAAGUCGUGUGAUCGCUUGGGUGCGUUGACGCUGGAUGUGCAGUCGUAUGUUGAGCGUGUUGCCUUCAGGCUAAAGACGUGGGCGGGGGUCAGGAUGGAGGAGCCGCCGUUUGAAAAGAUGAAGGGCCCGCCGCAUGAGAGUGCCUUCUGUGAGGGGUGUGCGAGAGGGGUAUGUCGACUGGGAGGGGAUUGA